UCUGUGUGAGGAAAUAACUAAACGCUUCAGUCCGUUUUGCCUCACAAGUAAUGUUCUCUAACCAACGUGUACCUCGGCUGGCUUGGAGCAGGCGGUGACAGUGUAAAGGCGAAUACAGUAUGGCACUUUUUGACAGGAUACGGAAAGAAUGGUUCAUUAUCGGAAUUGUUCUCGUUAUCACCUUUGCGAAGCUAGAACCCUCAGUUGGAGUAAAAGGAGGUCCCUUGAAGCCAGAGAUUACCAUCACGUAUAUUGCUGUGUCUGCUAUAUUCUUUAACAGUGGGAUAUCGUUAAAAACGGAGGAGCUGACGAGUGCUUUAAUGCACGUGAAACUCCAUCUCUUUGUGCAGUUCUUCACACUUGCCUUCUUCCCAGUUGCAAUAUGGAUCAUCCUGAAACUUCUUGCCUUAACCUCCAUUAAUCAUUGGUUGUUAAAAGGGUUACAGACGGUUGGCUGCAUGCCCCCACCUGUAUCGUCAGCUGUCAUUUUGACCAAAGCCGCGGGAGGAAAUGAGGCAGCUGCCAUAUUUAAUUCAGCCUUCGGAAGUUUUCUGGGUAUAAUUGUCACGCCGUUGCUGCUCCUCGUGUUUCUGGGCUCCUCAUCCUCAGUGCCCUUCAGCUCCAUCUUCUCCCAGCUCUUCAUGACGGUGGUGGUGCCUCUCAUUGUGGGGCAGGUCUGCCGCCAUUUUGUGAAGGACUGGCUGGAGCGGAGGAAGCCACCGUUCGGGGUGAUCAGCAGCUGCGUUCUGCUCCUGAUCAUCUUCACCACCUUCUGUGACACCUUCUCCAGCCCCGGCAUCCAGCUGGACCACCUCAGCCUGCUGCUGGUGGUGCUCAUAAUCUUCUCCAUCCAGCUGGGCUUCAUGCUGCUAACCUUCCUCUUCACCACACGGAAGAGGUCCGGAUUCACGCCAGCGGACACCGUGGCCGUCAUGUUCUGCUCCACACACAAAUCGCUCACUUUAGGUAUUCCCAUGCUGAAGAUCGUGUUUGAGGGAUAUGAGCACCUGUCUCUCAUCUCCGUGCCUCUGCUCAUAUACCACCCUGCACAGAUCCUGCUGGGCAGCAUUCUUCUGCCCACCAUCAGGUCCUGGAUGGUCACCAGGCAACGGUCCAGUAUCUUAAUGCGAUAGGAAUGUAUUUCAACCCAGCCGGGAAGGCUUUGUAAGUAAAGUGCUGCGCUUUAAGUCUUUCACUAAUCUGCCACCGCAAAUUAAAGCAAUCACUUUAUAUGCGCAAUAUUGCAUAGUCAGCCAAUCACAGGGUUUCUCACAGUAAUUUUUUUGAUUACUCUAAACUGGUGGGCUUUUGGGGCUGGAAGAUUUUUGGGGGCUUGGAGAUUUGAACUGGGACUGUUUGAAAUACUGUUGGGAGAUGGAAGAUUUGUUGUAUUUUUGACCUUUUUUUAUUUAAUGUGGAUCCAAAGUUGCAUGUUCUACUGCUGUGUUUACCUUAGGCCUUUUGGUUUUGGCGUUAAGCGGGUGGAGUUUUUCAAGCACAAGUAUGCUGCCAUGUUAUAUAAAAUACCUACUUCCAUUUGUACUUAACAUGCAUUACAUUUUAAAAAUAAAUCAACUCAGACCCAAAUCUCUUGAAUAUUUCACAUGCCGUAAAAGUAUGUAUUGAACUACCUAAAUAUACAUGCAUAACUUUUAGAUGUCUUAAAGUAUUUAGAGGUCUUUAAAGACUACUCUAAAUCUGUGAGCGCCUAGACUGAACAGCGCUAGGGGGAACACACUGCAGUGAAUCUGCUAAGCUUGAGCUGUGACUUGAUCCAGGACUUUGUACCGAGCCCUUUGAAACGGUGCUGAGGUGAUGGCUGUGUUCAGGCAGGUUGGUUUGGUGGGGGAUAUGGGUAAAGCUUGGGAGACAGUUGUGUGUAUUAUCUGUGGAGUUGCUGAGUGGACCAAUCUGCAUGAGAAACACAGGGGACUACGGCCUUGACUGUCGGUGAUCUGACGCUGAAAACGUUGACCCAGGGGAAGCCAAGACCAACACGCUCUUGUUUCUGCUUGUUUCAUAACAGGCAGUGAAGUUGACCAACCUGCAGCCCAUAUGAGCGGACCUGGGAGAGGCUCUGGAAAUAGACUGAACCCUUGGACCAAAGUGGAGCGCAAGACCAAACCUCUGCUCUGCCCUCCAACCGCCCUACCCCUGCGCCCACGCCCACGCCCACAACGGCCCCCACACCCUAUUCUGCUUUUCCCCCCACUCCUGCCUCCACCUCCCACUUCAAUCCGCCUGCCUCUUCUGUCCUCACCCCCACUUCUACCUCCACCCUCACCGCCAGUCGUGCCCCCACACCCGCCCCUGUUCCCAUCCGUACCCCCUCUUCUACCUCCACCCCCACCACCUGUCGUACUCAGACACCCGCCCCCCUUCCCAUCCGUACCCCCUCUUCUACCUCCACCCCCACCGCCUGUCGUACUCAGACACCCGCCCCUGUUCCCAUCCAUACCCCCUCUUCUACCUCCACCCCCAGCCGCACCCAUACCUCUGCCUCCCCCCCCGACCUAAAUGCCCACGGCCUCUUCUAUGCUCACCCCCACUACCUCUUUCACCCCCACCCCUAUUCUACCUCCACCCGUAGUUCCACCCCCCCACACACCCCCUGACCCUUCCAAGGCAGAAGGAGUAAAGUGCCUUAAAACAAGUAUCUGGGACCCCUGUCUGCCUGGCUAACUGCCAUGGUUACAGAGCCAUCUUUUCUUCUUAUUUUCCAAAUAAGUCAGAAGUUUUUUUUUUUUUAAUCUGUUUUAAAGUGAAAUGAGGAACUGCUCUCUUCCCACAUGAUGUAGGACUGCACUGUUGCCCUGGCAACAUGGGAACACUUCCGCCUACUGUUCCGUUACCGUGGGAACUUCCGCCGGCCUCCGUGGACUGACCGGGCUGGCCAGCAGUUUUCUUUCUUACCUUUUUCCAUUUCCUUUUGAUAUUUUUUUAUUAAAGACUGAACAGUGUGUGUGACAAUCUGCAAAUGUCCGGUUUUAUUAGCUGUCGGUUGGCUGCUUGUUUCUGAGACCUUCAUUAGCGCCCUCGGUCUGAGUGCAGGGGCCUGAAGGCCGGUCUGAUUGUUACAGGAAAGCAUUUCAAAUACUGCCUCCCCCACCCCCCCCGACCACCAUGUCCACCCACGCUGUUCUGUGCCUCUGAAACCCGCUUGCGACCGCUAAAACAUUUGGCAAAAUAAGUGAACCGCCUCAACCCUGCACUUCCGAAUCUGCUGACCCUCACCUGUGAAAAUUGGAGACAUUAGCCCCCCCACUCCACCACAAAUCCCCCAAUGUACUAAUGGAGCAAGGCCACUCUUGUGAGUUCUGUGGAAGUGCAGGGGUCAGACCUACAAGGUGGCAAGACUGUCUCUAAUAACGUCAUUUAGAAUUUUCCACAUCAAAAAUAGGCUAAUGUGCUUUUGCCUGGAGGGCUUAGUCCACCUUAUGAGAAAGCUCUCUGGGUUGCGUUCCAUCAGGCAGGAGUAGCGCUGCCUGUUGAGGGAGCUGAGAGGAAUUAGGGCUGCUCUCUUAGUGGGAAUGACCCUCACUUCCACAGAACGCUCAGCACUGGAUAGCCACAGUCCGCCCCUGACUGGCCAAUCAGGAGGCAGCCAUGUUGUGUUUAUGACUACUGCACUCACUCUGCUGGGCUUCCUCACCUCAUCGGUGUAGGCCUGGGCUGGUCAGCCCUGUUCCUGGAGAUCUACCAUCCUGUAGGUUUCCAUUUCAACCCUAAUCUGGCACACCUGAUUCUACUAAUUAGCAAUUAGCAGCUCAACCAGGUCUCUAGAUGUUGAAUGAGGUGUGCUUUGUUAGGGUUGGAGUGAAAACCUGCAGGGAUGGUAGAUCUCCAGGAACAGGAUGGGCAGCCCUGUGGAACAGGUAUGGGCAGGGCGUGGUCUCCCAAACACUUUGAGGAGGAAUGUUACAGGGACUAUCGUCCAUUUUGAUGGGGACAGAAAUGAAGGUGGUCCAUCGCACUUUGUGACCAUAUACAAGUGGUCUGCCAAAGAAAGGGUUAGAUGAAAUAAAGUGCAGCACAUGUAAACCUGUUCCAUUUUCACCCAGGAUCCAUCUCCGCUAUGUGAGGGUGUCUCAUUGGCUAGUUCAUAGGAAGGGCUGUCCCUCAACCAGAACAGGGUUCAACCAUUUCUCUCUCACGCUGCUAUUUGUCUGAGUUGUAGCAGGACCAGUUUACAGUAUAUACUGUCAGGUGUGCCUCCAUGAUAUGCUGGUCUCUUAAAAGAAUAUAGCUUGUUUUUAAAAUGUCUUUUCAAAUUUAGACUUUCAGAUUGGAUCGUGUAGUUUAUCUGAGACUGACAAUGGACCAAAAUCAGUAUUGACAAUUCAGAUAUUGCUUAUCUUCAGUAAGCCUUCUGAAGCUGGGGAACUGAACUUAUGGACAAGCAGCUUUUCUGUCCACAGUAUGGGGACAAAAGAUAAAGUUGUCGACUGGUUUGGGAAACAUACAGUAUAAUAUCUUUUCAGUUAAACUUUUUGUUAAGAGUGAGUUAAACUACAGGGUCUUCUUCCCAUUUUAACAGUCCUCAGUCAUAAGGAAUUUGGUGAAGGAUUACAUAUACCAUCAUGGCCUGUUUUAUUUUUAAAUCUGUCUGACACAUUGCAUGAUUCAGAAUGAAAAUGUAACAUGUCUGAUUACAUCUUACACAGCCUGGGCUGGGAAUGUCAUGUUCCUGUCCAUUUUAAAGAUGUGAACAGCUUCGAGUGACAGUGCCAUGACAAUGACGCACAAUGCUAAAGCCUCAAAUUCAGAUUUAUAUGGCCUUAUUGCACAGGAAACCUGAGGCUUUUGUCCACUUGGGACGACUAGUUUGCAACUCAAAUCCUGCUCCAAGUAUCCAAUGCUGUUUGUUUUACAUGUACUUAGAAUAAGAUGGUUAUUGUUUGCAUUCCAUAAUAGAUCCCACACAGAUGGUGGUCCAGAAAGGAGAGCUCUCUCUCUCUCUCUCUCUCUCUCUCUCUCGUGAAUUUAUCUCUAUAAUGCAAUUCCCUUUUAUACUGGAAGGUUCUUCUGGAGUGCUUUUCUCAAGAAGAACUACAGUAACAAUUCCUUCGUUUUUAUUGGAUGUAUCCAAUAUCUAAAAACUCACCACUUGUUGACGUUAAAUAAGCGGUGCUUAUGGAAUUGAGUAACACCUCUAGGCUGCACGUGUCCAUUCAGAGCGCCAUUUUGGAUCAACGACAUCGGUCAGGCUCUGCAGGUAUCCACAGAUAAGACAUUCCAGUAGGUUUUGCUAUCAGGCAGGCUGUGUGUACCCAACAGCAAUGAAACUGAAUGUUAGUAAUGUACGUGCCCUGUGUGUGCACGAGAUUUCGACGGACGUGCCUCGUUUUAAUCCCUGGAUCAGAUUUGAACAUGGACAAGGAGGAACAUGGAAACCUUAAAUGUAAACUCAGAAAUUAACAGUUCCCUCCCAUAAGUGUGGUUAUGUUUGUCGUUAAAUUAGCUUAACUAGGAUAUACCGUUUAUUUUUAAUAUGAAUAUCCCUAUGACUGCACAAAUGCUGUCACUGUGGAGUUGUUUGUUGAUAAAUAGUCGCGUGAGAUACACUCGCUCCACAUGGAUAUUCAAGUAUUCAGUUCGGUGGGAAUUGACAUUCCGGCUUUGGGUUGUUUGUGCUAGCGUCAGUUCCAGUUUCAAGUCAUGUUUGCUUGAGUGUGCGUACAUAAUACAUUUUUUGUUUAUAAUCCAUCAGUGUUCAAUAUUCAUUGAUCUUUCACCAGAUUUUCUGUUCAGUUGGUUUGGGGUCCAUAGGUAGCUACUGCUGUACAAUACAUUAUUGUGCUUGUUUAAAGUUCCCUAUUAACACUUUUACUGAGAACUUCGCCAAUAUAUAUUUAUAUUUAUUUAUUUGUGCUCGUAAAUGAAGAAUGUAGUAUGAAGAGGACCAAUAAGAGAGCCAGAGGCGAGUGUAAUGUUUCAAAUGUGAGGUGUAAAAGAAACGUCUCUGAAGUGCAUGGUGCUGCUUUGGCGGUUACAGGAUGUAGGCUACUUUAUCGAUGCCUACAAAUUGCUGAAUGUUUCUUCCAUAAAUGUGCAACAACCAUAGCACUGUUUUUAAUUAUAAUCGUGUGCCUCAUAAAUAUAUAUUUUAAGUGAACAUAAUUAAACCUUUAUAAUAUCUAUCUCCAUUUUACAAUUUUAGGAAUCCAUUUGUGACUGGAUACAAAUGAGAUGAAUGAGCUUUAUAAAUUUUCUGUUUUUCCUUUUUCCAUUUUUAGUAAAUGAUUUUGGUGUACUUUAGCUGAAUGUGAAUUUCUAGAUCUGAAGAAAUUGUUUUUAUUACAGAAGAAACUGUACAAUAAAAUCAAUAUUGUUAUUA